AUGCUUGAAAGCACAUAUAUGUUGCGGUUGAUUCAUGCAACAACAAGAAGAAAUGUUCAACAACUUGUGUUGUUGUUUUGGCAUCGUGAGCCAUUUGUGUUACCGCAUUGUCUUGUAACUUGUGAAUCUUUGCAAGUUUUGAAACUAAACUUGUGUGGUGAUGUACUUAAACUGCCUAAUCAUUUUGACGGAUUUCGUCAGCUGAAAUUUCUUCAUCUUUGCAGUGUCAAGUUAUCAGAUGAACAUUUGACAAAUUGCUUGUUCUCAAAAUGUCAACUCCUUGAAAAUUUGGAAUUAAUUGAUUGCAAUUUAAAACGUAUGAAGUUGCUGUAUAUUGAUUCGGCAUCUCUUUUAUACAUCACUUUUCUUCAGGGCGAUUAUUAUGACAAUUGUGAAAUCAAAAUUUCUUGUCCGGCUCUCAAAUUCUUAAAAUGUAAAUGUGAGAUUCCAAAGGAUAUAGUAAUCAAGAAUCUCUUUUCAAUAGAAUAUGUUGACAUCAAUUUUCAGGAUAAUGAUGUAAAAUGUGAUGAUUUUGGUUUCUCAUUUGAGAAAACUGGAAUUCUUGUGCAUAAGAUGAUCAAGGAAGUCCCUUCUAUAUCAGUUCUGAAACUAUGCAAGGUUUCCCUUAAGGGUCUGUACGAAGAGAUUCGCCAAGUAAGACUCUCUCCCAUAUGCUUUAAUAAACUGAAGUCCUUAAAACUGAAAUUGGGAGUUGAUGAAGAUCAUAUGCAAGUUAUGAUACAAUUGCUCAAGUAUUCGCCUAAUCUGGAGGUUCUAAAAUUGUGGUGCGAUGAGAUCACUGGGAUUUUUGAUGAAUCAGUGACACUUGAAAGUGAAUCAUGUUUGGCAUUUUCACUUGUAAUGGAUAAAAUUGUUACUUAUGAUGGAGAAUGGAGAGAGAAUUCUCUAAUGUAUUAUGAAUGGUGUGACUUUUGGCCGGCACGAGAAGAUCAAGGCCGGGGGCAUGAGAUGCAUGAUCCUGAAGAAAGCAUUGUGUGCUUGGACUCUCAUCUAAAGUCGAUUCAGUUGAUUGGUUUCAAAGAUGAAGAAAACGAGAUAGAACUACUAAAGUUUUUUCUGAAGAAUGCACGGGUAUUGGAAAAACUUACGAUUGUUUGGGCCGGUUAUGCUCUGAAAUCAGAAGAGGCAUUGAAGAAAGUUUUGAAUAUUCCUAGAACUUCUUCACAAGUUCUUUUGACAUUUCACGAUGCCAAGCUCAAACGAAAAUCUACUAACUGGUUGGAUUAUUGUUAA